AUGUUUUGUUACUUGAUACAGGAACAUCAUUUUGUGUGCAAUUUGCAUUUCUCAUGGCCUCAGGUAUCAUGUGACAUAGAGUGCCCUCCUAGAGGAAGUAGAGUUAUAUUUGCAAGCUACAGAGACUGCGACAGCCAGAUGCAGAAGUUUGCUAUGCGAUUUAGAGUAGCAAGUGAUGCUCAAGUGUUUAUGGAUUUCAUAAGAGUGCAACCAUCACCACCUGCAUUUAUAGAACAGGAGAGUUUGACAAACAAGAAUAUGAUUGGGAAUUCAGAAACUGAUUUACGGUCAGAAAUCUCGUCCGACUAUGAGUUUGUCUCUUCAAAUGGACCUUGUUACAGAAUAAGUGAAGAGAACCCUCUGAAUGCUCAUCCCACCGACUAUUUUAUGAAUCCUCUAGAAACGACUCGUUUAUUGGAGCUGCCACCAGUUGCAACAGACAGUGCUGAACUUUCACCAGCUGCCACUUAUUCUCCAAAGAUGCCAUAAUAUGCAGCUUGUAUUCCUAAAAUUCAACCAGUUGGUGUUUCUCCAGAGAUUGGACUGAACACAUGCUCCCAAUUACUCAGCAUAGACUCUGGAAACUUUUGUGGAUCCUUGCUUUCCAGCUUCUCUGCACUAUUAACCACCUGUGAUGCUGAGGCCGGAGAAGGUAAAUAAUAUAUAAAGGUUACAAUAUACAUACAUCACUCCUACUUGUUUGUAUUUUAAUCACACUCCUACUUGUUUGUAUUUCUUGAUUAAAAUAAUGUGUUAUUUAGUGCAACUAUCAUUGGCUCCUGAGGAAAUUGAUAUCAAGUCUUAAAGCAUGCAACAUGUCAGGAUCUUCUUUCCAUGGUGUGCAAGUGUUCUGCAGCUUUUCUUUACAUCGUUAGGUUUGGCAUUGCAGCAUCCUCCUGAGGAUGGUUGUUGUCCAUUAAUAAAAAAAGUUAAAAAGAAUCAAGAUUUUGCUUCGAUUCCUCACCACAUCAUUAUCCUGGGAUCUACCUAUUUCAUGUGCAUUACUCGGUGUUUGUUUGUUCAUAGUCCCUUUUAUGAGAAUUGAUCUGCUGGGGUGUUUUUUCUUCUUUUUAUGAUGCUGAUUAAAGUAUAGGAAGUAAUCAACGAAGUAGGGGGUGUUUUAUCACUAUAACCAGACACAGUUUUACAGAUAAAGUAGUUUUUUCUUCGGUUCAUGCCAUGAUAUGUUAGCUUACAACGUCACAAAGUAAAUACCCCUUUAUUCAGUUUUUGAUGUUUGUUAGUUUCCAAUGUGAUAAAUGUGACAGAUUAUGGCAAGAUUUUAAUGCAUACUUGCAUUUGCAUCAGCCAACUAAUUGCACUUUGAUUUGCAUUAUUUUGCUAUUAGUCCAUGAGAAUUGUAUCCUGUAUUCUGGUG